CGAUUUUUGGUGUCGUUUCUCAAGUCUCCGGUUGCAGUUGAGAUAUUUUUUGUAAUAAGUGGGUUUUUUACUUACUUCCUGAUCGAAGAGCGUUUACGUAGUGGGAAAUCAUUGAAGUUCGUGUUUUUAAUGAUUUUCCGAAUAGUCAGGAUUUAUCCAACGUAUAUUACUGCUAUUGUAAUAUUUGCAUUUGUUUUGCCUUAUAUGGGCGAUGGCCCAUUGUGGAAACUUAUUGUUUACCCCGAAGCUGAGUUUUGCCGGAAAAACUGGUGGACUAAUCUAUUGUUUAUAAACAACUACGUGAAUGCAGACGAAAUGUGUAUGCUACACUCGUGGUACUUAGCAUGUGACAUGCAUUUUUUCAUAGUUGGAGUUUUCUUGACCUAUAUUAUAUGGAGAUGGAAUAAAGCUGGUGUUUGUAUUUAUGGCGUUGUCUUUGCCGUAUCUAUUUAUUUACCAGCAAAAUCAAUUUAUGACAAUAAACUAUGGGGAGUGAUGCCGUACUUUUAUGGCAACAUUAAAAAUAUCAGAACAACUGAACAUUUCAAUAGAAUUUACAUAAAGAGUCAUUACAGGAUCACAACAUACCUCGUUGGUAUUGCAGCCGCUUUCAUAUACUUGCGUAUCAAACAAUCCAAAUUAAAAUUUUCAGUAAAAAAUAGAACAAUAGGAUUAAUGUUAUGCGUAUUGUUGCAUUUCACCUGUUUUAUUGUUACCGGCUACUUUUAUUUACCAGAAGUUACAUACAAUCCAUGGAAUCACAUAAUUUACUUCACGUUCCAGAGAAUAUUAUAUUCGUUAACUGUAUCGUACUUGCUUGUUGUCGGCUCAUUGACUAAUUUCGGUUUUAUCAGCAGUUUUAUUGAGUGCAAACUUUUCACCGUCAUAUCAAGAUUAUCAUACGUUCUGUAUCUGACACAUUUCAUUGUUCAGUUGCAAAGUAUUGGUGAAAUCCGUCAACCAAAAUAUGGAAACUUCUGGACAAUGUAUUGGGAAAUCAACGCCGAUUUAAUGACAGCACUAUCGUACUCUAUAAUUUUUAAUCUAAUCGUGGAAGCACCUAGCAGAAAAAUAUUCAAGGAACUUACGAGCAAAUUUCUUAAAAGUGAAAAAGAAUCAGACACCGCAGGGUCAUGAUGUUCAUGAUGGGAAUAAUGUCCAAACUCGAAAUGCAGUUCUUAUACAUUUUAAGAAGCUCAAAAGCAGUAUUUUAAAUGCCUUUUCAAUAUUAUUUUGUGUUUAUGUACUUAUUUUACCUAUACGACUAUGCGUAUAUUUAUGUCAUACUAGAAUAAUAAGUUAUUAGUUUAUUUAAAUGGAAUACAAAUAUAGAAAUUAAUUUUAUUUAAGUAACA